AUGAGAGGAACUUUAUUUUAGUAGUUAACAAAAAUAAGGGCUGAGUCAGCUAAAUCAGGCACAACUAGAAACAAAUAAAUUCUUGAUACUUCAGAAUAACUUCCUAGAUCUAGUUUCUAAAGAAAAAGAAGAUAAGAUGAAGCUAAUAAUUCUUUUAAUGAAUAUUCAUGUUCUUUUAGAUUUCCAGAUAAAGAAAGAUAUGAACAAGAAAUUAAAUAUUUAAAAAAUAACAUGCAUUCAUUAGAAAAUGAGAAUUUAAGAUUAAAAACUAAAAUUCAUUAGAUGGAAGGUAUUCUCAAUUAAAUUGAAAUAUAGAUAACUAACUUAAAUAAGAGAAAAUUAUAUCAGAAUUAGAUCGAAUAGGUCCAGUCAAAGCUCCUUUGCUUUAAGCAUUAAAUUUUUCAUCUGCUUAAACAGCUUUAAAAAAAGAAAUAAAUAAUAUUAGACUAGAAUUACAAAAAAAGGACAAAGAACUUUAAAGUAUUAAGAAAACAUAAAGAUUUGCUUAAAUUACUGAAUUAUAAAUUGAAAGAACAGCCUUUUAAGAAGAAACAGUUAGAUUAAGAUAAUAAAUAGAUUCGUUAUUUAAAGCUAGUUUGUAUACUUUACAAUAGAAUAAUGUAGAAUAAAUAAUUUAAGAAAGAUUAUUUGCUUUAGUAGCACAUAUCUAAUAAAGUUUAAUAUAAUAAAGAGAAUUAGAAAAGGUGAUUGAUAGAUUAAAAAAAGAAUGUCUUAAAUAUAGAGUAUAUAUAUAUAUUAAUAAAAAGUCAUAAUAAAUCGAUUAAGAAUAUCGAAGCAGAAGAGAAAUAAAGAAGCUCAUUACUCAAUUAAAAGAAGAAACCUCGAAUAAUUAAAAAGAAAAUAAUAAAGAGACUAAAUAAAACUUAACAAAGGCUGAUGAAUUACAAGUUUUAACUGAUUUAAUGUUUGCAAAAUAAGAGAUAAAAGCAAAGGAUAUUGAAAUAGAGAGACUUAAUUAAAUCAUUUUUGAUCUAGAAGUAUAAUUGAAAGAAAUUUCUCUUUCUUAAAAUUAAGAAGCCUAAGAAGCAUAGAAUUAAUCUCAAUAAUUAGAUGCAACAUCAAAAUCAAAGCAAAUAAAAAUAUAAUCUCCUGUUUUUGCAACUGAAAUAAUGCAAGAAAUAGCUUUACCAAUUAAAAAAUCAAUCAUUAUUUAAGAUAAACCUCCAUUAAUAAAAUAACCUCCAAGAAAAAGGAUUAUUCCUGUUAAAUUUGAUGAUAUUAAAAUUAUUGGAGAAACUCUUAAGUAUAGAUUAAUGGCAAUGGACAUAGGAAUAUAAUAAAUAGAUGAUUAUUUAUAUGAAGGAGAUUUAAUGACAAUAAAAGAGUUAAAAGAUAAGCUUCGUUUAUAUCCUUUUAAUUUAGCCAAAGAUGAAGCUUAUUUAUUAGCAAGGUAUAUAAUGGAAGGAGAUAGUGAUGUUUAUGAAUUAGAAGAUAUUGCUUCAAAUCCAUGUCCAUAUAUUCGUUCAGUAUUUAGGAAAGUAUUACUUAAUUAUAAAUUGGAAAUUGUAAAAAAUCAAUUUGAACAUUCAGAUAAAUUAAAAGAUGUCCUAACUAAAUUUAAACCAUUUAUUAUUAAUAAUAUUAAGUAAUUAUAUGGAAAAGACUGCAUUAGAGUUAGUAAGAGUUAAUUUUAUGAUGCUCUGGUAUCACUUAAUAUUGAAUUAAAUUAAUUUGAGAUAGAUUAUUUAAUUACUUAAGGUAUUCUUGAAAGCAGAAGUGUUGAAUCUUUAAAUUAUGAUCAAAUGUUGAAAUAUGAACCUAUUUAAAUAGAAGAUUAAUAACUUUCAUUUUUAUUGACAGAGAUUUCUAAUUAAAAUAAAUAGAAAGAUUAAAUGUCUGUCAUAAUGGAAUGUCCAGAAAAGGUUUCAGAAAUUGAAUAAUAAGAAUAACCUAAUAUUAAUAAUGAUAAUUUUAAUGACCAAUAAUAAUUCGAUGUCUAGAAUUAAUAUAUAUCUGUAGAUAAAUAUGGAACUGAGCAAUUUGAUUCAGAAAAUGAUAAAUCUAAAUAAGAAUUAUCAUCAGAUUAUAAUUUAUAAUAGUGA